GCGGAGGAAGUGCAGUCUUCACCGCCGCCGCCUCAGCCGCGCUUCCCGGUAGCCUAGCGCCGCGUAGGCCGCGAUGUCCUCUCGGCCGGGGCGCGACGACGCGGGGGCCGGGAGCGCGCGGCGGCCACGGGAGCUGUCCGAGCAGGAGCUGCAGCGUCGCCGGGAGCAGAAACGGCGGCGCCACGACGCGCAGCAGCUGCAGCAGCUCAAGCACCUGGAAUCCUUUUAUGAAAAACCUCCUCCUGGGCUUAUCAAGGAAGAUGAGACUAAGCCAGAAGACUGUAUACCAGAUGUACCAGGCAAUGAACAUGCCAGGGAAUUUCUGGCUCACGCACCAACUAAAGGAUUGUGGAUGCCACUGGGGAAAGAAGUCAAAGUUAUGCAGUGUGAGCGUGGAAGAGUUUCAAGUUGGCGUUGUAAACGGUAUGGUCACCGAACCGGUGACAAAGAAUGCCCUUUCUUUAUCAAAGGCAACCAAAAGUUAGAACAGUUCAGAGUAGCACAUGAAGACCCCAUGUAUGACAUCAUACGAGAGAAUAAAAGACAUGAAAAGGAUGUAAGGAUACAGCAGUUGAAACAGUUACUGGAGGAUUCCACCUCAGAUGAGGAUGGCAGCAGCUCCAGUUCCUCAGAAUGUAAAGAGAAACACAAGAAAAAGAAGAAGAAAGAAAAGCAUAAGAAAAGAAAGAAAGAAAAGAAAAAGAAGAAAAAAAGAAAGCACAAGUCUUCCAAGUCAAAUGAGAGUUCAGACUCAGACUGACAAGGACUUAACUUGUUCAGCAUUUUCUUCUCAAAAAUUAAACAUUGUGGCCAAAGAACAGGGGAAGACGCAAUUGGAGAGGACAUGGGAGAGAGAGAAACCAAGAGACAUCAUGGCUGUGAGUUCUCACCUGCCUUCCAGUAAGGAUGCUACCCACAGAAGAGGGAGUUGUCUCUUCCCAGGUGCUUGUUCUGAACAGCAGCAGAUUUCAGUCAGGAAAGCUGACUCAGUGGCCUCCUCUCGGCUGAAUCGGAAGUUUGUGAUUCACUUGAAAGGCCUCCUCUAGGGUGGCAGGACUAAGGGAAUCUCUGAGGAAGGUCUUCCGUGGUUUUCCCCCGCCUUAGUGAGGCUACUUAAUUCCCAUAGAUUUCAGGCUUGUGUUUUCUCUGAUGUUGAGGAUAAUAAAAGUUGAUUAUUUUAUUUA